UUCAUUUACUGUGAAGUGCUUUCAAUGUUGUGUCCAUUCAAUGAUUAUUUGCUGAUAUUUUUGGAUCAAUUGAUUGUUUCGUGUCUUAAAUAUGGAUUCAAAUCAAGUAUUUGUAAACGAUUUGAAGGAUAAUAUCAUAAGAAGUGAUUUAGAGCUCAAAACACUCAUUAAAGAUAUAUUGGACUGCAAUACAACCAAUGAAGACCUUAAUUAUCUCAUCUCAUGUGUGUCUCAACGGAUCCGCUCCCACAAGAAGUCGAUCGAUGAUUUGCUUAAAGCGACGAAAGAGUUGCCAAACGUUUCGGUGAAGAAGUCAUUGGAUUCAGAGAUCGAUGGCUUCCGAAACCAAUUGGAGGCCAACUCUAUGGCUCUGAGGAAAGCAAUCGCUUCGAGUCAAAAGUCCAUCUCAACGAAGACAAGGGAACAACUGUUGGGCUUAGACUCGACAACUGGUGGCUCAACGCAGUCAUCGCUGCGACAGAGGAAUACAUCCACUGUUAACAGUCAAGUGUUGGCCACAAAAUCCACUGCCAUUACAGACAACCUGAAGACUGUGAGCCGUCUGUUGGCCUCACAGGUGACCCAAAGUGAGCACACUUUGCAAACUCUGGUCAGCUCUUCAGCGACUGUCACCGAAACGGGCGAAGAAUUCAAAUCAAUGGCUAAUCUGAUUGUCCACUCGAGGAAACUGUUGACCAAAUACGGGCGCAGAGAAGUGACGGACAAAGUGCUGAUCAUAAUAGCGCUCAUGUUUUUCUUUGGAUGUGUUUUAUAUGUGAUGACAAAAAGAGUUUAUUGGAAAUAUUAA